CUGGGGGAGGGGCCGACGACGAAGGCGGCUGCGGCGGCGACGACGGCGGAGCCUUGGGUCGGUGUCUGCGCGCUGGUGUCUGAGGCCCAGGCUGAGGCCUCCUCGGUAGCCCGAGCGCAGGCGGUGGUGAGGAUGACGGCCGCUGCCGUUUUCUCCUGAGCUAGAGCCGCCGCUACCCUCCCCCUCCGCCGGCAGGGCGGAGAGGAGCGGCCGGAGUCUGAGCGAUGGUGCCCGGCGAGGAGAACCAACUGGUCCCGAAGGAGGUUUUGGUGAUUCUGAAUAAGCUGCUACAAAUAUCUGUGUACAGCUUUUUCUUUUGGUAGACAUAUGUCUUCAUAUGGUAGAAAAUGCUGCUGAAGAACCAAGAGUCUUAUGUAUAAUACAAGAUACUACUAAUUCAAAGACAGUGAAUGAACGGAUCACUUUAAAUUUACCAGCUUCUACACCUCUCAGAAAGCUCUUUGAAGAUGUGGCCAACAAAGUAGGCUACAUAAAUGGAACCUUUGAUUUGGUGUGGGGGAAUGGAAUCAAUUCUGCUGAUAUGGCUCCACUGGAUCAUACCAGUGACAAGUCUCUUCUUGAUGCUAAUUUUGAGCCAGGAAAGAAGAACUUUCUGCAUUUGACAGAUAAAGAUGGUGAACAGCCUCAAAUACUGCUGGAGGAUUCCAGUGCUGGGGAUGACAGUGUUCAUGACAAAUUUAUAGGUCCACUUCCAAGAGAAGGUUCUGUGGGCUCUACCAGUGAUUAUGUCAGCCAAAGCUACUCCUAUUCAUCUAUUUUGAAUAAAUCAGAAACUGGAUAUGUGGGAUUAGUAAACCAAGCAAUGACUUGCUAUUUGAAUAGCCUUUUGCAAACACUUUUUAUGACUCCUGAAUUUAGGAAUGCAUUAUAUAAGUGGGAAUUUGAAGAAUCUGAAGAAGAUCCAGUGACGAGUAUACCAUACCAACUUCAAAGGCUUUUUGUUUUGUUACAAACCAGCAAAAAGAGAGCAAUUGAAACCACAGAUGUUACAAGGAGCUUUGGAUGGGAUAGUAGUGAGGCUUGGCAGCAGCAUGAUGUACAAGAACUGUGCAGAGUCAUGUUUGAUGCUUUGGAACAGAAAUGGAAACAAACAGAACAGGCUGAUCUUAUAAAUGAACUGUAUCAAGGCAAGCUGAAGGACUACGUGAGAUGUCUGGAAUGUGGUUAUGAGGGUUGGAGAAUCGACACAUAUCUUGAUAUUCCAUUGGUCAUCCGACCUUAUGGGUCCAGCCAAGCAUUUGCUAGUGUGGAGGAAGCAUUGCAUGCAUUUAUUCAGCCAGAGAUCCUGGAUGGCCCAAAUCAAUAUUUUUGUGAACGUUGUAAGAAGAAGUGUGAUGCACGAAAGGGUCUUCGGUUUUUGCAUUUCCCUUAUCUGCUGACCUUACAACUGAAAAGAUUUGAUUUUGAUUAUACAACCAUGCACAGGAUUAAAUUGAAUGAUCGGAUGACAUUUCCCGAGGAACUAGACAUGAGUACAUUUAUUGAUGUUGAAGAUGAGAAAUCUCCUCAGACUGAAAGUUGCACUGACAGUGGAGCAGAAAAUGAAGGCAGUUGUCACAGUGAUCAAAUGAGCAAUGAUUUCUCCAAUGAUGAUGGUGUUGAUGAAGGGAUCUGCCUUGAAAGCAAUAGUGGAACUGAAAAGAUUCCAAAACCUGGGCUUGAAAAGAAUUCUUUGAUCUAUGAGCUCUUCUCGGUUAUGGUUCAUUCAGGGAGUGCUGCUGGUGGUCAUUACUAUGCUUGUAUAAAGUCAUUCAGUGAUGAGCAGUGGUACAGCUUCAAUGAUCAACAUGUCAGCAGGAUAACACAAGAGGACAUUAAGAAAACACAUGGUGGAUCUUCAGGAAGCAGAGGCUAUUACUCCAGUGCUUUUGCAAGCUCCACAAAUGCAUAUAUGCUGAUAUAUAGACUGAAGGACCCAGCAAGAAAUGCAAAAUUUCUAGAAGUAGAUGAAUAUCCAGAACAUAUUAAAAAUUUGGUGCAGAGAGAGAGAGAAUUGGAAGAACAAGAAAAGAGGCAACGAGAAAUUGAGCGCAAUACAUGCAAGAUAAAAUUAUUCUGUUUGCAUCCUGUGAAACAAGUGAUGAUGGAAAAUAAAUUGGAGGUUCAUAAGGAUAAGACAUUAAAGGAAGCAGUAGAAAUGGCUUAUAAGAUGAUGGAUUUAGAAGAGGUGAUACCUAUGGAUUGCUGUCGUCUUGUUAAAUAUGAUGAGUUUCAUGAUUAUCUUGAACGAUCAUAUGAAGGAGAAGAAGAUACACCAAUGGGACUUUUACUGGGUGGAGUCAAGUCAACAUACAUGUUUGAUCUGCUGUUGGAGACAAGAAGACCCGAUCAGGUUUUCCAGUCUUACAAACCCGGAGAAGUGAUGGUGAAGGUUCAUGUUGUUGAUCUAAAGGCAGAAUCUGUAGCUGCUCCUAUCACUGUUCGAGCUUACUUAAAUCAAACAGUUACAGAGUUCAAACAGCUUAUUUCAAAGGCCAUCUAUUUACCUGCUGAAACAAUGAGAAUAGUGCUGGAACGCUGCUACAAUGAUUUGCGUCUUCUCACUGUGCCCAGUAAAACCCUGAAAGCUGAAGGGUUUUUUAGAAGUAACAAGGUGUUUGUUGAAAGUUCUGAGACUUUGGAUUACCAGAUGGCCUUUACAGACUCUCAUUUAUGGAAACUCCUGGAUCGGCAUGCAAAUACAAUCAGAUUAUUUGUUUUGUUACCUGAACAAUCUCCAGGAUCUUAUUCCAAAAGGACAGCAUACCAGAAAGCUGGGGGUGACUCUGGUAAUGUGGAUGAUGACUGUGAAAGAGUCAAAGGACCUGCAGGGGGUCUAAAGUCUGUGGAAGCUAUUCUAGAAGAAAGCACUGAAAAACUCAAAAGCUUGUCACUGCAACAGCAGCAGGAGGGAGAUAAUGGGGACAGCAGCAAAAGUACUGAGACAAGUGACUUUGAAAACAUUGAAUCACCUCUCAAUGAGAGGGACUCUUCAGCCUCAGUGGAUAAUAGAGAACUUGAACAGCAUAUUCAGACUUCCGAUCCUGAAAAUUUUCAGUCUGAAGAACGAUCAGAUUCAGAUGUGAAUAAUGACAGGAGUACAAGUUCAGUGGACAGUGAUAUUCUUAGCUCAAGUCAUAGCAGUGAUACUUUGUGCAAUGCAGAUAAUGCUCAAAUCCCUUUGGCUAAUGGACUUGACUCUCAUAGCAUCACGAGUAGUAGAAGAACUAAAGCGAAUGAAGGGAAAAAGGAGACAUGGGAUACAGCAGAAGAAGACUCCGGAACGGACAGUGAAUAUGAUGAGAGUGGCAAGAGUAGGGGAGAAAUACAGUACAUGUAUUUCAAAGCAGAACCCUAUGCUGCAGAUGAAAGUUCUGGGGAAGGACAUAAAUGGUUGAUGGUGCAUGUUGAUAAAAGAAUUACUCUGGCUGCUUUCAAACAACAUUUAGAGCCCUUUGUUGGAGUUUUGUCCUCUCACUUCAAGGUCUUUCGCGUGUAUGCCAGCAAUCAAGAGUUUGAGAGCGUCCGGCUAAAUGAGACACUUUCAUCAUUUUCAGAUGACAAUAAGAUUACAAUUAGACUGGGGAGAGCACUUAAAAAAGGAGAAUACAGAGUUAAAGUGUACCAGCUUCUAGUCAAUGAACAAGAGCCGUGCAAGUUUCUGCUAGAUGCUGUGUUUGCUAAAGGAAUGACUGUACGGCAAUCAAAAGAGGAGUUAAUUCCUCAGCUCAGGGAGCAAUGUGGUUUAGAGCUCAGUAUUGACAGGUUUCGUCUAAGGAAAAAAACAUGGAAGAAUCCUGGCACUGUCUUUUUGGAUUAUCAUAUUUAUGAAGAAGAUAUUAAUAUUUCCAGCAACUGGGAGGUUUUCCUUGAAGUUCUUGAUGGGGCAGAGAAGAUGAAAUCCAUGUCACAACUCGCAGUUUUGUCAAGACGGUGGAGGCCUUCAGAGAUGAAGUUGGAUCCCUUCCAGGAGGUUGUGUUGGAAAGCAGUAGUGUUGAUGAGUUGCGAGAGAAGCUUUGUGAAAUCAGUGGAAUUCCUUUAGAAGAUAUUGAAUUUGCCAAGGGUAGAGGAACUUUUCCCUGUGAUAUUUCUGUCCUUGAUAUUCAUCAGGAUUUGGACUGGAAUCCUAAAGUUUCUACCCUGAAUGUCUGGCCUCUUUAUAUCUGUGAUGAUGGUGCAGUCAUAUUUUAUAGGGAUAAAACAGAAGAAUUAAUGGAGUUGACAGAUGAGCAAAGAAAUGAACUGAUGAAAAAAGAAAGCAGUCGACUCCAGAAGACGGGACAUCGUGUAACGUACUCACCUCGGAAAGAAAAAGCACUAAAAAUAUAUCUGGAUGGAGCACCAAAUAAAGAUCUGACUCAAGACUGACUCUGCUAGUGUAGCAUUUUCCCUGGGGGAUUUUGGUUUUAAUUAGACGGUUCACUGCUACUGUGUAGUGUGCCAUUAUAGCCGGACGUGGUUAGGGGUAACCCAGUGAUACCAGCACUGAUUGGACUGCCCUUCACCAAUCAGAAGCUCAGUGCCCAAUGGGCCACUGUUUUGACUUGGAAUCAUGUUGUGCACUAUAGUCAAAUGUACUGUAAAGUGAAAAGGGAUGUGCAAAAAAAUAAAAACAAAAAGCAAAACCUGCUACUAGAAAAGGGGAAAGGGGAAUGAGUAAACUUCUUUUCUUGCAGACAGAUGUGCACAUAGCCGCUAGUCAAACCAGCCUCAAACAGGAUGCUCAUAGCUUAAUAAUAAAAGCUGUGCAAAGGCCAUGAAUGAAUGAAUUUCUGUUUAUUUCACUGAUACACACAUUACCUCAUUGACAAUUCGGAAGUAAAUGCAACGUGUGUUGACUCUUGGAAAGCAGCAAAAAUAGGAGCAGAAGAAAGAAAUUCUUAGAACCAGCCGUAACCCAGUAAAGAAUCGUGAAGUUGUGUUUUUAUUUUGUUUUCUUUUUUUCGAAGUAUUAAGAACAUUAUUCUAGAUCAUCAAAACAUUUCCUUAGACCACUCCCAGCAGGUGGCAGCUCAAAAUUGCUGCAAUACUGUAAUUAUAACUGAUUGUACGUUAAGUUAUGGAGGUAGAGAAUUCAUUUCACUCAUUCAUUCAGCAUGUAAAUAAAAUUGAUCCUAUUGAGUUAUCAUAAUUGCAGUUCAGCUAUUUCCCAUGGUUAUUCAUUUCACAUAUCAUUCAUGAUGUACAUUUGUGUACAUUGAGAAGUAUAGCAGUUUAUGUAAAUGUAACCCUCAGUGGGGUUCCUCAGUGCUGGGUCCCAUACGAUUGUAUUUGCCCUUGUUAAUGAGGUUUUUCUGUUCAGCGGCUUCGAUUUUUUCCUUUUUUACAUUUAUUUUGAAGAUUUACUCCAAGUUUGAAUCUUCUAAAACCCUUUUAAGUCCCACUUUAAUUUUUGGAGUUGAUACAUAGUUACAUGUAGUUUAACUUUGGGGAAACAACAUCGUUUUGAAUAAACUUGCUAGUAAGUCAGGUCAUGACACAGGCUAAUGCAGUCAACAUGAUUUCAUUGCAAAGUCUAUUCGAAUCGGCAAGUUUUUGCUCUGCUAAAUGCAACUAUUCAAUGAACAUAAUUCUACGUAAAUUUUGAAAAUGCCAUCUAAUUUAUAAAAAAAUCAAUAAAAAGGUUUUGGUAAAACUUUUUCAUGCCAGAUGCUGUUUACAACAAUGAACAUGCCAAUAAAACAUUUGUUCAUUCUGUUGUGUUAUUUUGGUCAUUAAACUUUUGUGGAUGAAGAAUCCGGGUUCAGAAGAGAUUUGUUUUCUUUAAAUACCACAUUUUGUAAUGUAUAUUGAAUAAUUAUCUCAUCUCUGUGGUAACGUAUGUUUACAGUAAAGUUCUCAUAAGAGAGAUGAAAAGAUGUUAAUAUUUAACUUUGGAGGAUCCUGUCGAUAUUUCAGAGUCGAAAUUUUACCCUUUUUUUCCUUUUAAGAAAAAAUUAGAAAAUAGUGUUAGCAAAUGUUGGUUGCAGUUUGAAUAUAAUGAUUGAGAGUUCCAUAAUAUCUUAAAAGUCCCUACGAGGGGAAAAAAUUUUUUUCUAAGACAUGUUUCUCACUAAUUUUUAUUCCAUAUAAACUCUGUAGCAUUCUGCUAAAUUUGAUGGCGGUAGUGUUCUGGGUUUGCAUUAGUGGAAUUGGUGGUGUUCUCAGAGGAAAACUUGAAGCAUUUGUGAUGAGUUGUUUUUUCAGAUCAUUUCGAUUUUCUGAUGUAACAUGACAGCUCUUUGGUUCUGAUGCAGGCCAGCUUCCUUGGGAUAUAGGGGUCAGUAAAUGUGCUUUCUGCUUUCAAGGACUGACUGUGGAGCAGAGGAGGCAGAUUUGUAAGUAAAAUGGGUUUGGGGCCGUGUUUGGUUUGGUUUAGUGUCCCUAUAAGAGGAAAUGGUAGAAUCUUCAUACCUGCUCCUCAUUCUGUGCCUUCUGCCCUUUUUAUUGUUUGUUUCGUGUUUGCUGUUUCUAAUUGCAGGUGUAUUACAAAUACCAAGGGUAAAGAAAAUAUAUAUUUCAUUAUGGAAAAGAAAAAGUUAAAGCUUCUUGCUCUUCAGUGCCUGAUAGAGAACACAAUGUUGCACUUGAAUAAUUUCAGUAAAGGGGGUGGUGAUUUCAAAGUGGAUUUGUGGCAGUGGGAACAGUAAUUUGCGGGAAAGAGAUUAAUGUGUCAACCUCCCCCAGACUCAGAGAAACAAGUGAGCACCUGUAAGCCAAAGGGCACAUUAACUGUGUGUUCCCAGGCCUGGGGCAGUGGAACCUGGUGAUCACUCAUCUGCUGAAUCUUCUGAGUCUGAGGCAGGCCACAUGCAAUAAAGAGUGACCCGUGUUCCCCAUGGGUCAUGCCAAGGUUUUGAAGAGUUUUUACUGUGGGGAAGAUGAGUUUGUGUCAGCCAGGGACGCCCUGUGAGAACCAAGUACCUACAUAUCUAAGGCAGGUGCUGAAGGUCAGGGGUCCAUUUUGGUGAAGAAGCCAGAGCUAUGGUUUCAGGACUCUGCCUUGUUUAUUUAGCUGGUCUGUGCAGUGUUUAUUUAGCUGGUCUGAACAGAGGUUUGCUAGAUGAACGUCUACUUCUCAAACGAAGUGUAAGUAAGUGAUAGUAACCAUGACAAGAUAAAAAGAGUGAGGGACGGAGCCCUAUACUAACUACACAGUGUUUGGUAAUCUCUUUUGUAAUGGAAUGGAAAGUACUUUAAAACUCUUGAGAAAACAGAAAGUACUUUAAAAUUCUGAGGAAACGGGGGUGAACUAUGCCACAGCUAGAAAACAAUCAAGUAGGCAGGCUACACUGUUAGGAAUGAUAUCUAGGCGGAGAGAGGAGACAGCUAUAAACUUCCAACGUGGUCUGAGGUAGAGUGCACAGCAUCAGAGCACUGCAGUGUUAUUACUAAAUCUGGAAGUGACCUGUGAAUGUAUGGAAUACAAUAAAAUCUUUUAUUCUGA